AUGGCGAUGGUAUGUCAAGCCCUCACUUUCCUCCACCAAUACUGGUACGAAGGUCUCUCCGCCAAAAAAGUCUCCAAGACCCCCGUCGCAGUAAAAAUCGGCGUGCUCUCUACGGCGAUGAUCAACUCUGCCGCGCUCUUCAACCCAGCCGCUUCUUACGCCGGUGCAGAGGUCGUCGCGAUCGCCUCUCGUGAUGCAGAGACGGCUAAGAGUACGGCGAAAAAGUAUGGGAUCCCUAAGAGUUAUGGGAGUUACGAGGCCUUGUUGGCGGAUCCCGAGGUCGAGGCUGUUUACAUUUCGCUCCCCAACGGGCUGCACGGCGAAUGGGCCAUCAAAUCCAUGCGAGCAGGCAAACACGUCCUCAUCGAAAAGCCCCUCUGUUCCAACUCCCAAGAAGCUCGUCAGAUCUUCCAAGUGGCUUCGGAGACCUCCCUUGUCGCGCUGGAAGCUUUCCACUGGAGGUUCCACCCCGCCGCUCACGCUGUCAAGGAUCUGGUAGAGGGUGGGAAGUAUGGGAGGGUGACGAGAACUAGGGCGAGGAUGGUCACUCCGAAGAAUUCGAUCCCGGGGAGUGAUAUCCGUUGGAAGUACUUGCUUGGCGGAGGCGCUUUGAUGGACGAGACAUACACGAUCUCCUCCACCCGCUUCUUCACCCAACCCACCCCAGACGGUAUAACCAUAACCUCCGCCACAGCCCGUCCCUGGUCCAAAGACCCUCGAGUGGACGCGGCUAUGGAAGCUUCCCUCUCCAUCCAGAGCACUCGGGGGCACGUGAUCGAUAGUACGAUCUAUGCCGACUUGGACCAGCCUAAUUUAGCCUGGGUCGUCCCCAGGGUUUGGGAAUUACCGGCCAUCGAGAUCGAGUUGGAGAACGCCGUGGUAUACUUUUACAACUUCAUGAUGCCCCACCUGUACCAUUACAUCCAGAUCUACGACAAACGGACCAAGAAGACGACUUAUGAGAAGCACUAUAAUUUCCCUUCUGAACCCAAGACUGCUCAGCCUUGGAGUACUUACCGAUACCAACUCGAAGCCUUUUGCAACAAGAUCAGGGGGAACAAGCCUCAUCACUGGGUCACGCCCGAGGAUAGCAUCCAACAGAUGGAGACGAUCGACUCGAUUUAUGAAAAGAGCGGGUUGGGUAAAAGGUUGCCCACUGCCGAGGUCGUCUGAGCUCGGGUAUGGUCUGGUAUAGAGCUUGCGAAGAUAGCGGAGUUGGGCGAAUGGUUGAAGGCUUGAAGAGGGUUUGUUCCUUGUUUUCGUAGAAUUAUAGAAACG